AAGCUUACAUUCAAAAUGAAACUUGUUCUUAUCCUGGCUUGCCUGGUGCUCUACGUGGCCGUCAUUGAGGCCCAAACCUGUACCGGACAAUUCCGACCACGUCGAAACAAUCCUCGUAGCUGCACGGCUCGCGUUAAUGGAGGACAUAAUCGUACCCGUGGCUGCAACAACAACUCCAACAGGAACAUGUGGUAUUACAAUGCAAGGGCUGAUAGAUGCAUAAAGUUUGCAUAUCGUGGAUGCGGAGGCAAUGGCAAUCGUUACUGCACUGAGCGUGAGUGUCGCACCCAAUGCAGACCACGUCGUCCUAACUAA